AAAAACUGUAACAAGAUAAUCAUUAACUUGCCAUUCACAUGGGAAGAUGAAGUCAUAUUCCAGUUACUCCAUUUCUUCAACACACUUUAGUCCAUUUACAUACUCUCAGCUUAACCCUCUCUCUCUUGAAGAACCCAGAACAGAAACUCUUCUAGUAUGGACGCUCAAACACUUCACUUUCUCCCCCUAAUUCUCCUCUCUCUCCUCCACUUCUCCACCUCUUUCACUCCCACAGACAACUAUCUCAUCAACUGUGGCUCCUCCGCGAAUUCUACCUUGUAUAACCGCAUGUUCAUUGGCGAUUCAACUUCACCUGGUUCGGGUUUUCUCUCAUCUGGCCGGUCCAUUUCGCUUACAAGGCCGAACCCAUCUCCAAAUUCACCGAUCUUGUACCGCACAGCUAGAGUUUUCACCAGUGAUUCAAGCUACAAAUUCAACAUCAAGAAAAAUGGGACUCACUUGGUACGUUUCCAUUUCUCUCCAUUCGUCGCUCAAAAUUUCAAUCUAUCGUCAGCAAAUUUUGGUGUUCUGGUUGAUGGGCAUUUGAUAUUGAGUGGAUAUGUCACCCAAGAAGUGGUGCUUAAGGAGUAUAUUUUGAAAAUAGAAAGUGAAGUGCUUGAAAUUGUUUUUAGGCCAAUUGAGGAUUCGGGUUUUGGGUUUGUUAAUGGAAUUGAAGUCUUUUCAGCUCCUCGGGACUUUGUUCUAGACGAAGCUAGGCUUGUGAGUGCUAGUGGAGUUCAGGAAUACAAGAAUGCUUCAUCUCAGGUUUUAGAGACUACGCAUAGGAUUAAUGUUGGGGGUUCGAAUUUGACUCCUUUUAAUGAUACUUUGUGGAGGACAUGGAUUCCUGAUGAGCAAUUUCUUGCUUUGAAAUCUGCUGCUAAGCGGGUGGUCACCACUCACACUCCGAAUUAUGAGCCAGGAGGUGCUACUCCAGAAACUGCUCCAUAUAAUGUUUAUAUGACUGCACAGCAGAUGAAUAGGGAUAAUAACACCAUGAAUUCCAAAUUUAACAUCAGCUGGGAUUUUCCAUUGGGUUUAAGUCGCAGUAGAUACUUAGUUCGUCUGCAUUUUUGUGAUAUUGUUAGUACCUCCCUGAAUCAGUUGUACUUUGAUGUGUAUCUCAAUAAUUACUCUGCGUAUAAAGACGUUGAUUUAUCAUCACUUACGUUCCACGUUUUGUCAUCUCCCAUCUACAUAGACUUCGUAGUUGAUUCAGAUGAGUCAGGUGUUAUGCGUGUAAGUGUUGGCCCUUCGGAUCUAAGCAAUGUGGCAAGAAUUAAUGCCAUUUUAAAUGGCGUGGAAAUCAUGAAGAUGGUUAAUUUCGUUGCUCCACACGCUGAUGCUGGGUCUAGGAAGAAGAAUAUAUUGGUGGUGGUUGGUCCGGUUGUUGGAGGUUCUGUUUUGUUAGCUUUAGUUAUACUAAUGGUUCUGCUGUUAUGUAAAUGCAAGAAGAAGAAACCUAAACCAAGAGCUGCUGAAAGUGUAGGAUGGACACCUCUACGUGCGUAUGGAUGCAGUUCAAACUUUAGAAUGUCUGAAGGCACCACAAAUGCAUCUUCAGGCCCAAAUGGGUAUGAGAACUUGAAAAUCCCUUUUGUGGAUAUACAAUUGGCUACCAACAAUUUUGACAAGAGUCUGAUUAUUGGAUCAGGAGGAUUUGGCAUGGUUUACAAAGGGGUUCUGAGUGACAAUACAAAGGUUGCUGUGAAGAGAGGUGUGCGAGGAUCUAGGCAAGGACUCCCAGAAUUCCAGUCGGAAAUAACAAUUCUAUCCAGGAUUCGCCACUGCCAUCUCGUGGCACUUGUUGGGUAUUGCGAAGAACAAUCGGAAAUGAUACUCGUUUAUGAGUAUAUGGAAAAAGGUCAUCUGAAGAAUCAUUUAUACGGCUCAAAAAAUCCUCCUAUGUCUUGGAAACAGAGGCUUGAAAUAUGCAUUGGUGCAGCGAGAGGUCUUCAUUAUCUUCAUACAGGUUUUGCUCAAGGUAUCAUCCAUCGCGACAUAAAAUCUACCAAUAUUUUGCUUGAUGAAAACUAUGUGGCUAAGGUUGCUGACUUUGGUCUAUCGAGAUCUGGACCAUGUCUCAAUGAAACCCAUGUUAGCACUGGUGUAAAAGGUAGUUUUGGGUAUCUUGAUCCGGAGUAUUUCCGGAGACAGCAGCUUACAGAUAAAUCUGAUGUGUAUUCAUUUGGGGUCGUGCUUUUUGAAGUUCUUUGUGCAAGACCUGCUGUUGAUCCUUUGCUUGCUCGGGAACAAGUGAACUUGGGUGAAUGGGCUGUGCAAUGGCAGAAGCAAUGCAUGCUUGAUCAAAUUAUUGAUCCUCAUCUAGUAGGGCAGAUUAAGCCAAGCUCUUUGAAGAAAUUUGGAGAUACAGCAGAGAAGUGUUUGGCUGAAUAUGGUGUUGAUAGGCCAACAAUGGGAGACGUCUUGUGGAAUUUGGAAUAUGCACUUCAGCUUCAGGAGUCUGAACUCCCGCAAGAACCGCAUGAAGAUGGUAACACAAAUGAAACAGAGCUCCCGGGACCUAGAAUUGUUCCCCAUCCAUCAAGCACCUUAAUUGUGGGCGGAGAUGAUGGUGAUGCUGCUUCGGAUAUAUCAACGAGCAAAGUUUUUUCACAGUUGCUGACCAAUGAAGGAAGAUAAGUCUUUGGAGUCAUACUGUAGAAUAAACAUUCCAUAAUCAAUGGAAAUCUCCAGGUCAAUUUCUUCUUUCUCAAAAGAUGUCUUAGUAUAGUUAACUUUUGUCUGUCAUCUUUUUCGUUGCAUUGUACCUCAAGUUCUUAUGAAAUUUGAAAAGUCACAAUAGGUCAUAGAUAUAUCUUGGUUAGGGAUAUGUGGUGUCAUUGAUGGUGAGAGUCCAUUUAUUUGGGUUCAUUUAGACUUUAGAGGGCUUUUAUGCUUCUCUUAUAUUUUGGUUUUAUGACUUGUAGCUUGUACUUUAUGACAAUAAUUAAAGUAACUGUUUAUAAAACGUGUGCUCGUUCAAA